AUGGUUGGAGAGAUUGCAUCAUUGCACGUGGGAUCUGCAGGCUGUGCUAUUGGAGAGCAAUUAUGGACUCAAUACGCUAUUCAACAUGGCAUUGCAACAACGGACAGUGAUCCGAUCAUACGGAACGAAGAAGGCUUCAAAUCCUCAAUUUUUGAAAUGGUGGACGGAAAGGACAUUGAUUACAACCAUUUUGCUCGAGCAGUGUUUGUUGAUACAGAUUCAGAGGCAAUUACAAAAAUCAAAUCAAGAAGCAACAUAUCAAAGCUUGUUCACCCAGACAAUCUAAUUUCGGGAAAGGAGGGCUCAAGCGAUAACUUUGUUCGAGGUUAUUACACUGUCGGAAGAGACUCUUGCAGGAAUGCUGUUGAGAGUGUUCGAAAGAUUGUUGAGAAGUGCGAUCGAUUGGAGGGUUUCAACUGGUUUCAAGCCUUUGGGGGAGGUACUGGGAGUGGAGUGGCAAUGAAACUGUUGGACGAAUUGGCAACAGAAUAUCCUAAACUGGAGAACUUUUUCCACUCGGUUUUUCCCUCCUCGAAAUAUUCAACCAGCGUUGUGGAAACUUACAACUUUGUAUUUGGACUGGAAUCUCUCCUUGAAAAAAGCUCUGUAACUUUUGUGACCACCAAUGAAGCCAUGUACAACUAUUGCCAAAAUCACCAAGUCGUUAGUAAUCCUGAUUUAACGGACAUCAACAAAGUACUUGCACAAUUUGUAUGCACCACAAAUGCUUGCUUAAGAUUUCCAUCUCAGUUUGCAGGUGACAUGAAAACUCAAACAAUUCACCUUGCUCCUUCACCUGGGUGCUCUUUAGUGCUACCAGCAAUGGUGGAAAAGAAACACAUGAACAUACAGUACAUGGUUACCAAAACUAUCCUUUCACCUUCCCAUUGCUUGGCUGGGGAAAAUCUAAAUAAUGGAAAAGCCUUAUCUGCAUGUUUACAUUAUACCGGCCCCAAGAUCAAAACCUCUGAGCUAUCUCGUUCGUCAAAGAGCUUGAGAGAAGACCUGAAUUUUGCUGAUGAAUGUGGCGGAGGUGUAAAGGUGAAUUAUACUUAUGAAAAUGUUGUCAACGGGACCUUGUCAUUCUGCUGUAAUCAUUCAAGUGUGGUGUCCUUGCUAAAGAACCAAGCCAAGAAAUUUGAUCUGAUGUAUGGUAAGUGUAAUUUAAAUAUCGGACAGUAG